GUAAGACUAGUAAACAGUUCAGUGUUAUUGGAUUUUUUGACAUUUGAUAAAAACUCUAACAAUGACUCUACGGAUUGUAUUUUGAUCAUGUUUUACGCACCAUGGUGUAAAUUUUGUGCCAGAACUGCUGCCCAGUUUAAUGCAUUAGGUCGAGCGUUUAUUCAGUUAGAUAUCUUGGCUGUUGAUGCUGUACAUUUUAGCAAUUUAAAUGCAAGAUUUGGGACAGUUGCAGUACCUAAUAUAAUGGUGUUUCAUUCUUCAAGAUCAGCUAUAAGAUUUAAUCAAACAGAGAGAUCAUUUGAUAAACUGGUAGAAUUUGUUAUGAAUGUAACAGGUUUAGAACCAAAUAAAUCAGUUGAAGUAGAAGAUAUAGACUAUAUAGGACCUGUAAGCUCUAUACCCACUAUAGAACCAGACUAUUUAUUAUGGUGUGCAUGGAUCUUUGUUAUUCUAUGUUCAUCUAAUAUGUUUAUCAAAAGUCAAUAUGGACAAAAUGCUAUUGAAAGAGUGAAAACAUUAUGGCAGGAACAUCAA